ACUAGUCCUUAGGCUGUUUGAAUGUUAAAGUUAAUUACUGACUAAGGAUUGGUGUUCCAAAGCUAAUUUGGGAGCGUCCUACCUUAGGUCACUUUUUUACCUGUCGUCGAAGGUUCUAAACAAAGAGUACUUACACAUCUUAUCAUCUUAUUUUAUAUUAUAAAUGUACAGACGUUCCUUCAAUUGUGUUUCACUUAAGAGACUAAGCCUACCAAUAUAUACAUUUAAUAUGUAAUACAUUAAAUAAAGAAGGAAACAUUAGUGAAGCUCAGUUUUCCAAAGUGGAAUAGCAACACUACAUAGAGGAUAAAAUUGUUGUAGGAAGUCCUAUCAGUGAGCUAUUGUCAUUGGACCAUCAAGCACUCUUUGUUUUCCAUAAGAAUACUACUGCAGCAAAUCAACUUGGAAUCAAACUAAAGCCUACUCCUUAGAUUAAAGUAAAAUGACAAAACAACGAAAUGGAGUAGCCAAUGGCGGGAAAUCUGAUGAUACUUUGAGCAUGGUACAUGAAGCAAGCAAGCGUGGAGACGACAGGAGUAUCUACAAAACCAACCUCGUCGCAGUCAUAAAUAUCCUCAAGAGAAUGGUCAAUAACAUCUUAGGUCCACUUGCUAUUCUAUUAAUUUUUCCUAACUUUAUGAUUCUUAUUUGGUACACCAUUUUUCAUUGCAAUGGCAGUUAUCUUAAACUGUUGUACCUUGUUGCCGAUAAGUCCAAUUGGUCUAGUUUGAUUCAUGUGUGGAGCCUUGCUGGAUACCCGUCUCCUGUAAUUGUUUGGUCUCUAAUCUUGUAUUGUGCCUAUGCAUUAGCUAUGAUGAAAUUACUACCUGGGAAAAAAGUUUUUGGACCCAUAACACCUAAAGGAAAUAUUCCUGAAUAUAAGGACAACGGCUUUCUUUUCUUUUUCCUAACAAUGGGAAUAUUUUGGACAUUGACUUUGAUAUUGCGACCCUUUGGAAUAUCUCCGUCAAUUUACUACGACAAAUUAGAUGAGAUUUUUGUUGCGUUAAAUAGAUUCAGUAUAAUUUUCUGUGUCUUUCUUUAUCUCAAAGGAAAACUGGCCCCAUCGUCUACUGACUCUGGAUCAUCAGGGAACAUAAUAUUUGAUUACUACUGGGGCAUGGAGCUGUAUCCUCGAAUAUUUGGUUUUGACGUGAAAGUUUUCACCAACUGUAGAUUUGGCUUGAUGAUUUGGGCUUUGAUGGUUUGUAUCCACGCUGUGAAAAGUUAUGAGCUUCAUGGCUUUGUUGACUCAAUGUUUGUUUCGGCAUUGCUGCAGAUUGUUUACCUGGCCAAGUUCUACUGGUGGGAAGCUGGAUAUUUGUGCACUAUGGACAUCAUGGUGGACAGAGCUGGGUUUUAUAUAUGUUGGGGUUGUUUAGUAGCAGUCCCAGUACUUUACACCUCAGUCACGUGCUAUCUCGUCACACACCCAGUUCAUCUGGGCCUUGCUGUUAGCGCUUCUCUGAUAUUUAUUGGGCUUCUGAGCAUCUACAUAAACUACGAGGCCGACGCACAGAAACAAAAAGUCCGCAAGACCAAUGGCGACUGUUUGAUUUGGGGAAAGACACCAGACAUCAUUCGCGCUAAAUACCAGCUGGAGAAUGGUGGGAUCAAAGACAGCAUCCUCUUGGCUUCAGGCUGGUGGGGAAUGUCAAGACACUUUCACUACAUUCCUGAAAUAAUGUUGGCAUUAAUGUGGACGCUUCCGGCCCUGUUUGAGAACCUGAUGCCCUAUUCCUACGUCAUUUACCUCACUUUAGUUCUAAUGCAUCGAAGUUCUCGUAGCGAAGACAAAUGCCGCAGUAAAUAUGGACAUUUCUGGAGCCAGUAUUGUAACAAAGUACCUUACAGAAUAAUUCCUUAUUUUAUAUAAUAAUACACAAUUAUAAAUAGAUUUAAUGAUGUGUUCUUUAUACACAAAUACCUAACAAGUUGUAUAAAAUAUUAAGUAAAAUUAGAAGACUAAACACA